ACCAGCAUCAAGUACAGUUACUACAUCAUCCCAAACAACUCCCACAGGUCCUGAAGAAUGCAAGUGCUCAAGUAACGACGUCAUGUUAAGAGCGUUUAUUGGUAUUCCUGCCUUCAUAAUCCUUGUUCUGAUUAUUUACAUAAUCUGGCUACACAGGAGAGGCGCUGUAGAGAAACAAAGGACUUAUGAAGAAAAAAGAAGUGUUUACGACAAAGUGGUGACGCUACAAGAAAUCGAACCAAGUCGGCGCCAUUCAAGCACAGUCAUGCAGCCUUCUCCGGAAGACAUGGAUCUCAAAGACCCCAAGAAAGAUAAUAGAAAAGUACAAAGUACAAGUCCAGGUCACGCGCCUCUUCAUCCAGCAAACCGCUCAUGGGAAGAAAUCGAACCAAGUCAGCGCUAUUCAAGCGCAGUUACGCAGCCUUCCUCUGAGUACAUGGAUCUCAAAGAACCCAGGAAAGAUAAUGGAUUUGUACAAAGUACAAAUCCAGGUUACGCGCCUCUUCAUCCAGCAAACCGCUCAUGGGAAGAAAUCGAACCAAGUCGGCGCCAUUCAAGCACAGUCAUGCAGCCUUCUCCGGAAGACAUGGAUCUCAAAGACCCCAAGAAAGAUAAUAGAAAAGUACAAAGUACAAGUCCAGGUCACGCGCCUCUUCAUCCAGCAAACUGCUCAUGGGAAGAAAUCGAACCAAGUCAGCGCCAUUCAAGUACAGUCAUUCAGCCUUCUCCGGAAGACAUGGAUCUCAAAGACCCCAAGAAAGAUAAUAGAAAAGUACAAAGUACAAGUCCAGGUCACGCGCCUCUUCAUCCAGCAAACCGCUCAUGGGAAGAAAUCGAACCAAGUCAGCGCCAUUCGAGUGCAGUUAUGCAGCCUUCUUCGGAAGACUUGGAUCUCAAAGAACCCAAGAAAGAUAAUAGAAUAGUACAAAGUACAAGUCCAGGUCACGCGCCUCUUCAUCCAGCAAACCGCUCAUGGGAAGAAAUCGAACCAAGUCAGCGCCAUUCGAGUGCAGUAAUGCAGCCUUCUUCGGAAGACUUGGAUCUCAAAGAACCCAGGAAAGAUAAUGGAUUUGUACAAAGUACAAAUCCAGGUUACGCGCCUCUUCAUCCAGCAAAACACUCCUGGGAAGUUCCAAGACAUAAUGUUACAAUCGAAAAAGUCAUUGGCAAAGGUUCUUUUGGACAGGUUGCCAAGGGAACGGCAGUAGGACUUCAAGGGAGACCUGAUACGACUACAGUGGCCAUUAAGAUGCUUAAAACUAACGCUGCUGAAUCGGACAAGAGAGAUUUGAUGAAAGAACUUGAAACGAUGAAGAAGCUCAAAAAACAUCCUCACGUCAUCAAACUUCUGGGAUGUGUUACAGAAUCUGAGGAACCUCUGGUACUGAUUGAAUAUGUUCCUUUUGGAGAUCUGCUUGGUUACCUAAGAAAGAGCCGUGGAUUAAAUGACACUUACUACAAAGACCCGGAUAUUAAACCACAAACGAAUCUGACGUCACAACAGUUGAUGAAGUUUUCCUGGCAAAUCGCCGAUGGCAUGAGUUACCUGUCCUCAAAAUCUAUCAUCCACCGAGAUCUUGCAGCCCGUAAUGUGUUAGUUGGAGAAAACGGAACAUGUAAGGUAACAGACUUUGGAAUGGCCAGAGAUGUGCAACAGGAAAAUAUUUAUGAACGAAAAACAAAGGGCCGUCUUCCAGUGAAGUGGACAGCUUAUGAGGCGUUGCUCUAUGGUGCAUAUACCACCAAAAGUGACGUAUGGAGUUAUGGAGUUGUUCUUUACGAGAUUUUCACCAUAGGCGGUUCACCUUACCCAAGAAUGGAUGGAAAAAAAAUUGCCAACUUACUUGGAGAGGGCUACAGAAUGCCUAAACCACAACACGUGGAUAAUGAAUUGUAUCAGAUCAUGAUGAGAUGCUGGCAAAAUGACCCGGAUGAAAGACCAGCUUUCACCGAAUUAAAAAAACAGCUUAAAGACAUGGAAAGUCUACACGAGAGGCUGAUCAACAUGAGAAUUUACGACAAGAGGUUGUACGUAAACGUCGAGGAUUUGAUAGUGUAGUUAAGUACACGUCAGUGUUUGAUUGGCGAACUGUUUGAACAUUUUGCCGCAACAAGCUCUAUGGAAUGACCAUCCUCGCUUGAAAACUCUUUUGCCGGGAAAACCAAAGUUUCCUUUUUUCUGGGGAAGCUGUCGAACAUUUCUUUUUGCUUUUACUUGGACCGCCAAUACUGUUGAUACCGAAGGCAAAGACUCAGGCACUGAAAACUGAGCACAAGUCUCAUUAUGCGGUUUUUUCUAAGUUGUUCUUGUACUGUCUCUACUGUUUAAAAGGUGUACAAUUUGGCCGAAGAGCGCGAUAGUUUCGUACUUUCCAGAUACGACUACUCAAUCAGCUGAGCCGAUGGAUCGUAAUUAAUUUCCUUCUGAAGACUGACCAUAGCCAUAUUUUUCGUCUCAUCUUUGUACCGUAGGUU